CUCGGAAGCGCGAGGCCCAAGAGCACAGUCGGAAAACGCGACAGUGAAAGGACGUAACUUCUCUCUCGUGUGGCUGUAGUGACUCGGAGACUAGGUCGAAAUCCACGGCUCGUCUUGCAAGUGAGAAAGGAUUCCAUUCAACGUAAACUGCGACAUCGAAAAUGGAAUACGGGAACAUGGAGAACAAUGAGACGACGGAAAGCGGGGGGCAAGAUGGCAGGAGGAUUCCGGUGGCGCCAGAAGGUAGCGCUUUCAUGUCGGGAGCGUCUUCAGCGCCUGUGACAGCGAGGGCGCCGAGGAGGAGAGCGAGGUCCCAAGCGCCUGCAGCAGCACCAGGGCAUUUCGCAGCAGGAGCUGUCCCAAUGCAGAUGCAAACUCCGAGCACGAAUUCGCCGCCAUUUGGAUUCACGGAAGUAGCGAGUAACGUGGCGGCGACCCCGCAGAUUCUCGCGUACCAGUACCUCGUUCGAGAGACCCAAAACCUGCGCGCAGAGAACGCUUCCCUGCAACAGAAACUGGACGUCUUUCAACACCUUUUGCAAAACAGGGAGCGGCUCGUGUCUGUCCUUAGAACACUCGGCAUGGACGCCCAUAUCGCAGACCCAUCGAGCUGAGUAAUUUCUCUUCUUUUCAGCCACUCCCGCAAAGAAUAAAGGCAUUCCUGAAGGGCCAUGGCGUGCAAAACGUAUGGCACAGGUUUCCAUGUGUUAGGGUUCACCUCAUGUCCUAUUAAUCAAUCAGUUAUAACGUCCUGUAGGAGAAAUUCAGCGAGCAGCUACGAAUAUUCAUCGAAUCAUGUUGAUUUCUCUUCAUCCACGUCUCCAUGAAGGCCCUUUCCUGGCGAAUAGAGCAAUGGAGAAAAAAACCGUAUCAGUACAUAAGAAAAAAAAAUUAUACUGAAAGAAGGAGAAAAUGUUAUCUAUCAAAUUAUCGCUCUUACAUUUAUCAAAUAUUGAUUCAGUAGUUUUCG